UCUUUAUUUAACGUUGCUGUAUAAAAAAAGAGGAUCCACUACACUUGCGAAUUACCGCAUACAUCGUCUAAAAUUGACCAGAUCUUCAAGGUUUUGGUAUCCCAAACGGCCAUUUCAUAAAAGUGUCAAUACAUGAUGCUAAAAUGAAGAAUAUGGACAUUGGCCCGCAGAAAGCGUGGAAUAAAUGGUUAUAAAUAGCGUAAGGUGUCAGACAGAUCUCAGGAAACAUGUCAUGAACACUGGAUGGUGUGGCUGAGCAAAGAAAAAACCUUUACCAUCAACAAAAAUUCAAGAGACUACUGCUUACAAAAACAAAUUUGUAAAGCGGUGCAGUCUUUAAAAAGGCAGGUGGCUAUUCUUGGUGAUAUUAGGGGGAUUCAGUGCCGUGAUGAAAAAGGCGGGUGCCACUGUUUGUUGAAAUUACAGACACUCACCUGCAGCUAUCUUUAUUGCAAUGAGUAAGCAUGAUGCCAUGCAUAGGACGGAAAAUGAGCUAUUUAUGGUACUGCAUUCACACACACACGCACACAGACACACAGACUUGGGUUCUAUGCAACUUCGGCUGUACAAACUAAAAAAUUUUCACGUGUCCAUGGCGGAAUCCUGCCGCAGUUGGACAAGUGUGGCGUUGGAAACCCUAGAGUGUUCUGGCUCAUCAUUUCCAUUUCCCUUGUUUCCUGAAAGGAAAAAGAGCCUUUUUUAGACUGAGA